GCAAAAAAAAAAAAGCAUGGCGGACGUCGGUGAGGAAAGCUCAGCGCUAAACACGGCAGAACAACAUGACGAUUCGACUAGUGAUGAUGAUAACAGCAACGACAACAAUACUGAAACUCAAGAGGCAGUAAAGACCUUCAAAGAUUUGGGUGUCACCGACGUUCUCUGUGAUGCCUGUGAUCAACUGGGAUGGAAGAGUCCAACAAAGAUUCAGGUUGAAGCUAUACCAGUGGCCUUGCAAGGAAAGGAUGUUAUUGGCCUGGCAGAGACCGGAUCAGGAAAGACCGGUGCCUUUGCUCUGCCCAUCCUCCAGUCACUGCUGGCAUCACCACAGAGGCUCCAUACCCUUGUCCUCACACCCACCAGGGAGUUGGCGUUUCAGAUCUCCGAGCAGUUUGAGGCCCUGGGUUCCAGCAUUGGUGUCAAGUGUGCUGUCGUCGUUGGAGGAAUUGACAUGAUGUCCCAGUCUUUGGUGUUGGCCAAAAAACCCCACAUUGUCAUUGCCACACCGGGUCGAUUAAUAGACCACUUGGAGAACACAAAGGGCUUCUCAUUGCGAGCGCUGAAGUUUCUUGUCAUGGAUGAAGCAGAUAGAAUUCUUAAUAUGGACUUUGAGACUGAGGUGGAUAAAAUCCUAAAAGUGAUUCCCAGGGAGAGACACACCUUCUUGUUCUCUGCAACCAUGACUAAAAAGGUCCAGAAACUAGAGCGGGCCGCUCUGAAAGAUCCUGUCAAGUGUGCCGUUUCUACCAAAUACUCUACAGUAGACAAACUACAGCAGUAUUACAUCUUCAUACCAUCCAAAUACAAGGACUGUUAUCUGGUGUCCAUCCUGAAUGAGCUGGCUGGCAACUCCUUCAUGAUUUUCUGCAGCACCUGCAACAGUGCACAGCGGGUGGCGCUCUUAUUGAGAAACCUUGGCAUCACUGCCAUCCCUCUUCACGGCCAGAUGAGUCAGAAUAAGCGUCUGGGAGCUCUAAACAAGUUCAAGUCCAAGUCGCGGUCGGUGCUGCUGGCAACCGACGUGGCUUCCAGAGGACUCGACAUUCCACACGUGGAUUGCGUCAUCAACUACGACAUCCCCACACACUCCAAGGACUACAUUCACAGAGUUGGGCGCACAGCAAGAGCGGGAAGAUCGGGGAAGUCCAUCACGUUUGUCACCCAGUAUGAUGUGGAGCUGUUCCAGAGGAUUGAAACACUGAUAGGAAAGAAACUUCCUGCCUUUCCCACCCAUGAGGAGGAGGUGAUGAUGUUGGUGGAGAGGGUCAGCGAGGCCCAGAGAUUUGCCAGGCUGGAAAUGAAGGAGCAAGGGGAAAAAAAGAAAAGACCCAGAGACCGAGAUGCAGACGAGGACGACACAGAGCAAGCGAGCGGUGUGAGGAAGAAGGUGAAAGGAGGCUCGGGGGCGGUACGAGGAGGCGGGAAGAAGAGAGGCGGCGGCGCCUGGAGAGGCGGACGCUGAGGCGACCGACUUAACUACGGACUGUACAUAACCACAACAUUGAAUCUCUUGUUUUUGACGCAAAAACUGAAUUACGAUGACACACAGUUUUUCAGCCGAGAGCGUGGAAGCACGUGAUUUUUUUAAUUACAUGCUUUUGUGGCAUUGUAACCCAUUUUCACAUUUGUAGUAAAAUUCUGCGGCUUGUACUUCCAGCUUU